AUGGACACACAGAUCAAAUGCGUCAGAGAGGAAAUCGAGAACGUUCAGCUACUUCUAAUAGCUAUCGAACGUCAAACAGGGCAUAUAGAAAUCGACAGAUUGCUUCAGGAUGCGAACAGUAGCUUAAUGAAGACGGAAACGCACAUGUUCCGACUGGAAUCUCAUUUGGGAAAAGAACCGCCAACGGUCAGACAGAUGACAUCGUACAAAGUGGAUCAGUUGAAAAGUGACGUUUAUCUCAUCAAAAAUUCGUUGAGAUCCAUGACAAAUCGGCACAAUAAUCGCAAAAAACAAGCACAAGAAAAAGAAGAAUUGUUGAAAAGGAGGUUCACAACGAAUCAAGAAACUCGAGUGAGUUUGGAGUUCGACGAAGAGUUGGAUAUGAACGACAAGUUGAAACACUCGAAUAAUAUGAUUGACCAAAUGAUUACUCAAGGUGCCAACAUUUUCGAUGAUCUUCAGAAGCAAAAGUUCAAUUUGCGGAGUAUAAACAAACGUUUUCAUUUUUUAACAAAAUCACUCGGAUUAUCUGAUACAACAAUUCGGCUCAUCGAAAAACGUGUUCGCGAGGACAAAAAACUGUUCAUCGCCGGUGUCAUUUGCUGUCUGAUCUUCAUGUUCUGUUUCUGUUACUGGUGGCAAUACUGCUAG